GGCUCUUCUGUACUCAGGCAGAUUUAAAGUUAUUUUUCGUACAUGUUCGUUUAGGAUUGAUCAAAUAACAAUUUUUUGUUUGUUGAUUUACAGAUUGUAACCAUGGGCCGCCGUCCAGCCCGCUGCUACCGCUACUGCAAGAACAAGCCCUACCCCAAGUCUCGCUUCUGCAGGGGUGUGCCUGAUCCUAAGAUCAGGAUCUUUGACUUGGGGAGGAAGAAGGCCAAGGUAGAUGAGUUCCCUCUGUGCGGCCACAUGGUCUCUGAUGAGUACGAGCAGCUGUCCUCAGAAGCUUUGGAGGCUGCUCGUAUCUGUGCUAACAAGUACAUGGUGAAGACUUGUGGGAAGGACGGGUUCCACAUCCGCAUGCGUCUGCAUCCCUUCCACGUCAUCCGAAUCAACAAAAUGUUGUCCUGCGCUGGAGCUGAUCGGCUCCAGACCGGGAUGCGCGGUGCUUUUGGAAAACCCCAGGGCACCGUGGCCCGGGUGCACAUCGGUCAGGUGAUCAUGUCUGUGCGGACCAAGGCCCAGAACAAGGAGCACGUGGUCGAGGCUCUGCGCCGAGCCAAGUUCAAGUUCCCCGGCCGCCAGAAGAUCCACAUUUCCAAAAAGUACGGCUUCACCAAGUUCAACGCCUGCGACUUCGACGACAUGAUGGCGGAGAAGCGUCUGAUUCCUGACGGCUGCGGGGUGAAGUACAUCCCGAGCAGAGGCCCUCUGACCCGCUGGAGGGCCCUGCACGCCAACUAGAUGCUGCACUCUGUUAAUAAAAGUGGCUUUGACCAGGA